AUGCUGUUUUCAUGUACACCAUAUGAAUUGGUUUCUCAUGUUUUAGAGAAACUUUCAUUCUCAGGUCAACUGGGAGUAACAUUAGUUGAUUUAUGGGGAUUGAUUCAAUUGAAAAUUAAUCUGAAUGAUCUUGAUGAUUUUCAAAAACAAACAAUUUGGCAAUGGUUAUUUUUUUGUACGGAAGAAGAUGAAGAAUUACAAUUAUACAUCACCAAGCAAGGUUCAAAACAACCAGUGACUAUUAUUCCAAUAUAUAAAGAUUUCAUUGCAAAAGAAGGUAAUGAAGAUAUCCUUCGAGUAUUACCAAUUGAUGAAGUACAAUGUUAUUAUUUAACUGGUGUUGCUGAUAGUGAAAAAUUUAAACGAUCACUUGGAGAUAUGCCAUAUCAAUUAUUAUGUGAAAUUGCCAAAUAUGGAGAAGCGGGAAUUCUUUCUCCUGAAUUAUGUAAAGCUACUGGACAAGAUGCAAGAUCAUUACCAACCAGAUUUAAAAAAUUGGAAAGUUUGGGAUUAAUUGUUAAGAAAUCAGUAUUUCAUGGAAUAUCAAAACAAAGGACAAACCUUAGUGUCCAUUCUAAAUUUGCGGCUCAUGCUGGGACAACAACAACUGAAUCUUGUAUUGAUUCUUCUUUUGCAAGUGCAAAUAAAUUAAAAAGAUAUAUUGUUCAAGCAACUAAAGAAGCUCCAAAUCAAAUUAGAUCAUUUAGAGAUUUAAAACUUGAAGUUAAAAUGGAUAAAAAAGGACCAAAAUCAAAGUUUUUCGGUACAAUUGUUGAUAGUUUACAAAGUAUGGGUUGUAUAGAACGGGUAAAUGUAAAAGGACAAGAUGAUAAACCACUUUAUUCCCUUAGAUAUUUGAAAGAUUUACCAAAUGACUUAUCAGAUGUAGCCGGCUACGUAGAAGUUUUCAAUUCAAUUGAAGAAAAGGAACAAAAGCAACAACAAGAAGAUGUCGAUGAAGAUAUAUCCACCACUACUCCAGAAACCAUACCCACAAUUAAUACGUUUUUCCCCCUCCCAAGUCAGAUUUAUCAAAUCAUACAAACAUCCCCGGGGCUUCCAGUCAAAGAUGUAUUGAAAACUCUAGUGGGGACUUUACAAUAUCGUACAUAUCUAAGAUUAAUUGAUUCUAUGGUCAGUUUUACAUCCGAUGGGAAAUCAUUAAUCCCCACCAAAAAAUUCCCCGAUGAAUUACCUAAUCAUUGUAUUGUUAGAACUCCCGAUUUUAUUGGAAAAUUUAAAAUUUAUCGAUAUUCAACUAGAUUAGAACAAAUGUCUCUCCCAGCGAAGGCUAAUAAAGGUAAACGACCCGCUCCAAAAAGGAUUAAAGCUAGUCUGCUUGAACUGGUUAAUAAAGCGAAAUUUGUUGCUUUGGGUCCAAUUCCAAAAGUGUCUUUCAUCGGUCCUGGGAAGCGGCCAGCUGGACUGACACCAACUUCAAUAUUACCUGCAACUAAGAAACGGAAAUUGAAACAAUCAACUUUUAUAGAUGACGAUGACCUAGAAGAAGAGGAAACAGAAGUUGUGACACCAAGAAGAACAGCAACCAAGAAACAAAAAGAGAAAACACCAACUAUUAUCGAUGAAUUGGAAAUUGACGAAGAAGAAACAGGGUUGGUAAGACGUCCAAGAAGAGCGAAAAUGAAAACAUUAAAGUCGUUUGCCAUGAUGGACAUCGAUGACGAACCUGACGAUGACGAGGAGGAGUUUAAACCUUCAACAAAACAGGACGAAGAUGAGGAGUCUGACGAGGAAUUCAAAUCACCAGUUGUGCAGGAUGAUGAAUCUGAUGAGGAGCCAUUAAAACAACCAUCUUAUGUUGAGCCAGUGGAUAUAAAUGAGAUGGAAUCUAUUACUCCUCAAGUUGAAACUAAAGAAACGAGAAAAUUUACCCGUGCACCAGUUCCAAAUACCUUAAAAUCAUUAAAGAGACAAUCAGCUUUAUUAGAUCUUAUUAAAGAGAGAGGAGGGGUUGUUUGUAAUACCAUUAAAUUAGUACGACAAUUGGAUCAGAAGCUUGGAUUUACUACAAAAACGGAUAUGAAGACAUGCGUUCGUGAUAUUACUAAUCUUAUAAAUUCAAAGGAAUUGGAAGUUAGAGUAAUUCCAUAUCGCAAGGGAGCUCAAGAAUUGACCAAGAGAUUAUUGAUAGUUACUGAAGAAGGGUUUAGACCAACUGAAGAACAAAUUGAGGAAGUUAAACAAGGGUUCCUUCAACAAAAACAUAUUGUGGUUAGUCAGGCUCCGAAAUAUAGUACAAGACUUAUUGAAGGGGAAGUUACUAUUUAUCAAAAUGAAGAACCACAGAAAAGGUUGGCAUCCUUGAGAGGAAAUAAGAAACGCAGAGGGAAAUCAAUCAAGAAGGAGAAACCGGCAAAAGUGGCACCACCAGCAGCAGAACCAACAGCAACAGCACCAGCAGGUGAACCCUCCAUCAAGAAGAAAGCUACUAAAAAGGCUCGAGAACCAAUUCCUCAUAAAACAACUCCAGUUGUGGUUAAGAAGAAAUCCCGGAAGGCAACUUCAGUUGAUGAUGGUUCCCCAAUGUCCGAAGAUAAAUUACCAGACUUGGUAUCAAGAAGACACAGAAGAAGAACUCAACCAAAGCUGAAAAAGGAAGGUAGAAAACAUGUACCAAGAAGAUAUAGACCCGCAGCAAAACUAGAUAAAUCUGACGCAACAACAUUGUUUCGUGCUGUUUGUAUUUGUAAAUGUUUCUCCCGGGCUUCUAUCGAUUUUGAUUCUAUAGCAGAUUUAUUCGAAGGAAUGAAUGGACCAACAAUCAAACAAAGAUGGAGUAUCGUGAGAAGGCAAAUUGGUGGUAUGCCGGCUGUAAAUAAAGGUAUUGAAGAACUUGAGAAGAUUGUUCUUCGGGCGAUAGAUGAGGAGUUGGUUUCUUCCAGUGACUUGGAGGAUGUGAAACUUCAAUUCUUUUUAGAUUUAUGGAAGGAUUCUAGUAGUACAAUAAUCGAGGUUGAAGAUAGGAUGCCAUUAUAUUCAAAUGUGGAAAAUAAUUUGCCAUGGUAUACUAAAUUAAGCACGGGUGUGGACACUCAAAUGGUUUUAUAUGAUCAUCUUGAAGAUCGUUCCAUGAGACAGAAAGAAUCAGUUCUUGCUGGUCAACCAUUUUAUUAUGAUGAAGAUUUGUCAUUACAGCCAGGACCAUUUGAUAAUAUAAAAACAACCUUAAAGGCAAUUUUCUCAACUCCAGAAAAAGAUUUGACACCUUCUAAAGUCAACCAAAUCUUAUCCACUUUCGGUGAUGAAGUAGUUCGGAACGCGUCAUCUGCUUUAAUAAAAGAUAAACAAAUGGUUUAUAUCGGAUCCGAUGAUUCUGACAGUAGAUUCUUGUUAACUGAUCGAGUAUUUAACUGUCUUGGCGUCCGUACACUGGGGACUUUCUUCAACCAGGCAGAAACUUUUAAAGAAAACAUUUCUUCGAUUAUUGAUGCCAACAAGGGACUUAUUCUUUCACAAGGGAUAGUUAGUGGAGAAAUGGCAACAUUGAUGCAAUUAAUAGGAUCGGCCAAAAUCAAUAUUACCCACAUAGACAAGGCUUACAAGUUUGAUAGUUAUGAGUCAAGACAAUUUGAUAAAGAAUACCUUAAUUGUGACAUUGUUGCAUAUGGGAACGAAGGUUUUGAAAUCAAGAAGGAACUUGCAAAGAUUCAAGUUCCGGUACUGGGAGCUUGUUCUCAUAUCUGGGUAGAUUUAAAUGGAAACAUUAAUGAAAGUCUCUGGAUUAAAAUUAUCAUUGCCAUGCUUCAUUAUAUUCAUUAUCGCCCUGGAAUUCCUCCAAAUAUCAUUUACAAUAAGUUAAGUGCUACUUUAGGGAGCGAUGACUUUAUGUCAGUCAUCAAUUGGUUGAAAGAGAGUAAAUGUAUCACCGAAGGUCCUUAUUCUGGUUACUGGAUAAUGGACCCAUGGUUAUCAAUUUUAGGAUUCUAA